AUGGCCGCGCGCGCGUUCACCAAAAUCGCCGACACCGUCAACGCCGAGCUCUCGCUCGCCGCGAGCGAGGUUCGAUUUCUCCAAAACGCCAACGAAACCGCCGCUCGCGAGUACGACGCCGUCGGCGAAUCCAUCGCCGACUUGCACGUCUUCAUCGGCGCAUUAAAAGCCAAGGACGAGGCGAUGAAACCAAAGUUAGACGCGAUCUUAGCCAUCGAAGGCGAGGUGGACGCGUUGGAGACGCUCGCGCGCGCCGUCGACAAGCGCGUCUCCGCGCUCGAGCUUCGUCUCAAAUCCAUCAAGUCCAAGCGCGCGAGCGCGACGUGA